GCAUGGCGCGACUUUGAGGCUCUCCAAGGCUAUUUCGCCCUCCAUAUCUUGCGAACGACACUGCAACUCGCAUUGCACCAGGCCCAAUUCCACCCAACACACAUCCUUCAAAGAGCAAACAUACAGAUGGUUGAAAAAAAUGACGGGAUCGCUAUAAUUGUCACGAUCCUAGUGUUUGUUUUCCUUGUUCUGAUCUUAUGUAUACGCUGCUUCCGAGGGCAUUGCUUAUGGCCACCCGAAGAUCCCUACUCAACAGACGAGGAAACAGGUACUGGGAAGGGCCCACCUCCUGAUCCAGGGCCUCCUACUAGGCCUCCUAUUAGGCCUCCUAUCAGACCCCCUAUCAGACCUCCUAUCAAUCCUCUCUCACGUCCAUACGAACCCGAUGAUACAUUCGAUGCCGAUGAUACAUUCGACGCCGGUCAGCGCGCAUCAAUCAGAGGCGGGGGUAUGAGGACCAGCCCUACUAGCCCUCGACCCAAGAUUGAUCCUGGCGAGUUUGAUGUCCGAACGGCAGGUAGUGGUACUGCUGUCCCUCAAGGCCGCCCUGUACAACCACAACGUCCACACGGUUCGGGGAGACCACCAACUGAUGGAGAAUUUGACAUUGCGAGCCCACCACCUUCACGAAGGGAAGGGGGGAUAUUAAGAGGGGGCGACCACAGGGGCAGAAACAAUAGGAAUAGUAGGCGGGCAGCUAGCCACAGUCGCGGCGUGGCUUUUGAUGCUGGCAGUGAGACAUUCGAUGCAGUUUUGGAUACGGGACAAAGUGAUGGGAAUGAUAGCGGAUUUGAUGUUGCGAGCAAUAGAGGUAGUUCGAGGGCUGUUGCACAUCCUGCCAGGGCGGUGGUGCGUGGUGGACGUGGGGGGCGUAGUUCGCGGACCCGAUGA